AUGUCGGAACGAAAAGUUCUAAACAAAUACUAUCCGCCGGACUUUGAUCCGUCUAAAAUUCCUCGACUCCGUCUGCCAAGGAAUCGGCAGUACACGGUCCGCAUUAUGGCGCCCACCAAUAUGCGCUGCAACACCUGUGGUGAUUACAUUGCACGAGGCAAAAAGUUUAACGCCCGCAAAGAGACCGUCGAUCACGAGGAAUACCUAGGUCUAAAAGUGUUUCGCUUUUACUUCAAAUGCCCUCGGUGCAUGCAGGAGAUUACCUUCAAAACUGAUCCUAAGAAUUACGAUUACGUCGUUGAACACGGGGCGACACCAAACUUCAAAGCACUCAAACUGGCCCAUCAGCAAGAGGUGGAACAACAAAAGGAGAAGGAAGAAGAGGAGAGGCUUAAUCCAAUGAAACUUCUGGAGAACCGAACUAAAGCUUCUCGGCGAGAAAUGGAAAACCUUGAGGCAUUAGAGGAUUUGAAGGAGAUGAAUCAACGUGAAGUGGUCGUCGACUACAAUGAUUUGCUGAAAAAGAAAAAGGAUGAAUUUGAAGCUGAGAUGAAGCGCCAAGAGGAAGAAGACGAAGCCCUUGUACAGUCAAUGUUCGGCAACAAAAAACAACUAGAUUCCAUUAAUGAAGAUGAGGAAGAUGGCGAUUACGAUGAGGAGGUGGUUGAGGAAAUUGAGGACUUGUCAGAUUUGUAUCCAUCAUUGCCUAAAUCGGCUUUUAGAAAGGACAUUGACAAAGAGUCCAACGACGGAGAGGCAUCCACAGACGCUAAGUCGACAGCAAAUUGCACCGACUUGUUAAGUGAUGAAACCGCCAGCAGCAGCAGCGGCAGCAGUAGCCUUCAGAAAGCAUCAAGUUCAACGACGGCGACCACAACGGCAAACAGCCACAAUAAGCGCAAACUUCUCAAAGACAUGAUCGUCGUGAAGCGAAGGCCCGCCGAGGUUGUUGAGAUUAAAGUGGCGGCAGUUUCCAAGCCAGCUGAAAAGCCUACAGGUGCCCUUUCCUCUCUCUGCUCAUAUUCUGACAGUGAUUCAGAAUGA